AUGAUGACAACAAACAAGAGCAAAAUGAGCAACAUGACCAGCAGCCCGAGACUCAACCUCAGCAGGGUGCCCAACCUAAUUCACCGGUCAAGGAAGGCGAAAGGAAAAGCGUCGAGGACUACGUGGACGAAGAGCGAAAGCUACUGCAGGAGGGAGACACAUACAGUGGACUCAUUGCAUUCAUUGUCAUCAAAUUAUGCUGGUCGUCAUUCUAUCCUGUGUAUCAGUGAAUUCCUUAGACGUGAAUUCCUAAGUACAAAGCAGUAG